UGUACAGCUGGACAAGCACGACCGCGACACUUCGCUUUUCUCUGUCACCGUCUAGGCAGAAAAACAGAAGAUUUAUCCAUAUUUUUGGCAAAUAACGGAAGCAAACUGACCCGAGAGACGCUUGUUUAUUUUGUAUAUCGGAGCUUAGAAGAAUAAAUUGUCAACUGUGCGUUUUUUUCCGUGAUAUUUGGGACCGGAAAAGAUCCGACAGCUGGUUUGCGGAUUCCCCCUACAGUGACUGCACUUGAAGUUGAGAGAGCCAGCUGAGAUGAGCGGUCCGGAAGUGGCCAAGACACCGGGAGGCGGCGCUCCGGGGAAGGAAGGAAAGGAGCCGGUGGCCAACGGGCACGCCGGGGAGGGCAGCGACGCCAACCCGUUCGCUGAGUACAUGUGGAUGGAGAACGAGGAAGAAUACAACAGACAGGUGGAAGAGGAGCUGCUGGAGCAGGAGUUCUUGGAGCGCUGCUUCCAGGAGAUGCUGGAGGAGGAGGACCAGGAAUGGUUCAUCCCUUCACGUGACCUCAACAACGCGGGGGUGGGACAGCUGCAGCAGCAGCUCAAUGGCCUGUCGGUCAGCGAUCACCACAGCAACCUGGAGGAAGUGGCGAGGAAGAGCAUCUUAAAUCCCGAAGCGAAGGAGUUUGUCCCGGGAAAGAAAUACUAGGAGUCCCCCUCACCCCCAUGGAGCCUCCACGCGCAUGCACACACUCACACACACCCGUUCUCACACAAUCUCAGAGACUCUGGCGGCCGCGACCGCAAACACACUGAUUCUCACACACACACACACACGCACGCACACACACACACACCUACACAUCCUAAAGUCAACGGCGUGCUGGCAGGCCCAGUCGGGGGGUGGGGGGAUUUCUUCUUCUUGGGUUUUUUUUUUUCUUUAACCUUUUUAUUUCCUGUUUCUUGUAAACUGAGGGGAUGUUGGGAACAGGGGUGGGGGAGGGGUGUAGUACCAGCACCGCCCCACUGUGGGCGCUAGCUCAUCUUCGCAUUUCAGAUGAAGUUUACAGAGUACGCAGGCGCCAUCGCGGUCCCUUUGGAAACUGAGGCAGCUACACAGGAGCGAUGCCAGGACACAAAUUGGAAAAAAAAAAAAAAAAAGAAAAAAAAAUCUAUUCAUAAAUAUGCUAAUUUGUUCUAUUUUUUUGAAUUGGGUGUUUAAAAAAUAAAUAAUAAAAACAAAAUAUUGGUUGAGGGUUUCCAUGACAGUAAGGUUAGAGAAAGACUAACAUUUCAGGGGACUCAUGGCUGUCUGCCAAUGCUCUGUAAAUUCUUCAGUGAGUCGAACCCGUCAGCAUUUUCUCCUUUAAUGUCACAAGCUCCCUGUGAAUCACAGCUCUUGUGCAUCCAGAAAUGCAGUUGCUUUUGUUCCAAUUUCUUUCAUGUAUCUGCAGCAGCUCCCUUCCAAAACCAAGUACGGCCCCCGACCCGCCUCCCGUUGAUUUCAGGCGAUCAGAGCAGGUGUGGACAGGUGCAAUCAUGGACAACAAGCUAUUAUUUUUCCCGGUUUAUGUGGAAGUCCAUGUUUACGUUUGCUCCUUGUGUAAGAGCAGAGAGGUGGAUGGUCCAGUUAUGCAUCAAAUCAAGAAUAAAAGUUUUUGAGUCAUGGUUGAUCUUUUUUUUUCCUUUUUUUUUUGUUUUGUUUUUUUUUGUAAUAACAGCUUCAGUGUUUGGUUCUGUUUGGAAUCACCAGUUCAGCCUCAUUACAGGGGAGGGGAGAGUAUUUGGUGUGGGAUGCAGCCACUGCCUCUUUUUGCCAGAUAAGCUUUUUUUUUUUUUUUUCUCCCCCCCAAGCAUCAGAUCAACAGCUUCUCUUCUUUAUUUCCCCUUCAUGUUAUUUGAGGACGAGGCAUUCUGUGUCUCUACUGGGUAUAGUAGCCUGUGGUGUCCAUUCAGUCCCGUCUUGUAGGAGGAAACGGUAGGGAGGGGGCACCGGCACGGCCGUGGCCUCUCCUAAAAACUUAAGUGUGGCAUCAGUAUUGUCUUUCUGUGCCGUUCUUCGCCUGAAUCGGAGGUUUUUGACAUUCAAACCCGCGACCCUUCGUUGUGCUCUGGGCUUCCCAGGAAGCAUCUCUCCUCAGUGUAUUAUCCGUUAAGAUUUGAGCCAAUGGAGAAAAUGUCUUGCGUGUGAGGACGCUUUUGUGGAAAUCCGGCUUGUAAACGGCAGUUGCGAUGAAUUUUCAAGUCGAGUUUUUGCCGUCUCGGCUCGAAAAUGCAGGGGGGCGGCAUAGUCGCUUUGAAAGACCUAGUAAUCCGAUCGGUUCAUGCCAGUUGUGUUGUACCGACGGUGCUCAUAUCUGGUGUAUUUUAUGGUUGUUAGGCAGACUGUGGUGCACUGUACAUUUAAAAAAAAAAAGAAAAUAUUCGAUGUAAAGUGGCAGGUCGUGCUUCUGUCCGCCCCGUUUCGGUGUGUUCC